AUGGCAAAGCCCGGAGGUGAAGGGAUUCACAUUACUGCCUUGUGGCUCACAGCUGCCGAAACCGAAUGUCUUAACCGAGGUAAAGAACCCCUCAGGUGCUUUGCUUUGAUCCGUGAACCAUUACCAGACUGGCCUGGAUCAAAUAGUAAUCCCGUCAAGGAAACCCGAUGUGAUGAUUUAGAUGCCAUAAAGUUCAACGAGCUAGUGCAGUCUAUGAAUGAUUACAAGUCUGGAACGCUUGUCGAAGGCGGAUCGUUCAAAUAUCUGUCUGUCAAUCUACGACUAUGCUAUUAUCAUCUCACUUACACAUCCGCGGCGGAGUGCGUUGUCCCGAGUGAGCAUCAUCGGGGAGUUUCUAACGUAACGAAUUUGCAAAAGUCACGCGAUCGAGUUGAGGACAAAACUGAAGGUCUCAUUGAAUCGCGUUUGUGGAGCACAUCAUCCUUAUCCUCAUCAAUGCAAGACAUUCGGUGA